CUCCUCAGCGCGUGAGCGGCGACGCCCGCCGCCAUUUUCCCGGCCGCGGCCUGAGAGGCGGCUCCUCCUCCUCCGCCCUGAGGCGGAGCGGGGGAGGCGGGGACGAUGAGCGGCGGCGGCGGCUGGUAAGGCGGCUCCGGAUUGGCGGCGCCGGCCCCGCUUCCUGCCGCUCCUCCCGAGGAUGCUGAAGAUGAAGCUGCCGGCCCGUGAGGCGGCGGAGGAGGAGGGGGCGGCGGCGGCGGCGGAGGAGGGGGGCCCUGGCGGGGCCGGGGGCUGGCCGUGCUGCUGCUCCGGGGCCGGCGGCGGGGGCGGCGGCGGCGGCGUGUCGGGCGCGCGGGAGGCGGUGUACGAGUGGUUCGGCCUGGCGCUGGGCUCGGCGGAGCGGCUGGAGUUCGCGGUGGGGCUGCUGGACCUGCUGAACCCGCUGGAGCUGCGCUUCCUGGGCUCGUGCCUGGAGGAGCUGGCCCGCAAGGACUACCACUCCCUCCGCCACUCCGAGGCCAAGGCCAACGGCCACCCCGACGCCCCCGCCCCCGAGCAGCCGCCGCCGCCGCCGCCGCCCCCCCCCUCGGGGGUCCCCACGCCGCCGCCUCUGCCGCCCGCUUCCUCUCCGGGGUCCCCCCCUGCGCGGCCCUCGGGCGGCGGCGGCGGCGGCGGCGACUUCCGCGACCCGGCGGCGCGCUCCAAGCUGAUCGUCCACCUGGCCCUGCUGGGCUCCGAGAACCGCGAGGCCGCCGCUCGCCUCCACCGCCUCCUGCCCGGCGUGGACUCGGUGCUGCGGAGCUGCCGGCCAGGAGAGGCGGCGUCGGAGGAGGAGGAGGGCGGCCUGGGGCUGGUGGCGCAGGAGGAGCUGCUGCUGCUCUUCACCAUGGCCUCCUUGCACCCGGCCUUCUCCUUCCACCAGAGGGUCACGCUCAGGGAGCGCCUGGACAGGCUGCGCGGGGCCCUCGGCCGGGACCCCCAGGACGGCGCCGGCGGCUGCUCCUGCCACGGCAGCCGGAACUUUUCCCCUAACUGCCUGCCAAUCAAUGAGAACAGUCUGUUUGAACAAACAGCAGUGCUUCAUGAUAAACGCAUGGUGACCUCCCAUAGACCACAGCAAGAAGCUGUACACAUUGAGAAGAUAAUGCUGAAAGGUGCACCAAGGAAAAGGGCUGACAGACAUCUAGAAUAUACUUUCACAGUAACCUGGUCCGAUCGUUCUGUGUCCUGUGUGACAAAAACACACCAGGAUCUACAGGAAUUUCUACUGAAACUUCCAAAGGAACUCUCUUCUGAAGCCUUUGACAAGACAAUUUUAGGAGCACUAAAUCAGGGGUUCCAGAGACAAGAAGACAGACGACAUCCAGAUUUAGAACCUAUGAUAAGGCAGCUGUUUUCAACGACAUCACAAGCUUUUCUGCAGAACCCGAGUGUGAACUACUUCUUUCAGUCUCUGUCCUCAGAAACUUUGCACAGUCACAAUAACCUUCAGUGUUCUUUAAAGACAUCUAAGACACCAGAACACUUCAAGGAGGACAGUUCAGAGGCUUCCAGUCAAGAAGAAGAAAUAAUACAGCACAUAGCGGUCCAUAAGAAACAUAAUGGAAAGUGUCAUGUUGCCAACUCUCUAAACACAAAAUGCUCUGCCAUGGAUGGCUUUGAUAAAACCCAUUCUGAACACAAUGGUAUGGCAGACUGGAGAAGGAAAAGCUGUGUUAUUCAGCAGCACCCAGAGCACUGUACACUACUAGAUCAGAACCCAGGAGAGAAGAGGGCCUUGCCUGUAAUAAGUAAGAAGAAAGGAAAGCUGCAGUCAGAAAAAGAUAAAGCAAAGAAAACUGAUACCAGGGUAACAAUCAGAACUAACUGCGUAAGAGUCGCAGACAGUCACCACUUCCAGCCAGGAACAGCAAAAGAUUCAAAUUUAGACAUUACUAUUGGACAUGACCCAUGUGGAGAAACCUCUUCAGAGAGUUACAGUUCUCCUUCUAGUCCACGGCAUGAUGGAAGGGAAAGCUUUGAAAGUGAAGAAGAAAAGGACAGAGACACAGACAGCAAUUCUGAAGAUUCUGGGAACCAAAAUGUGUUGAGAUUUACUGCUUAUAGCAGCGAAGAUGUCAAUAAAUCACCUGCACGUCUGUCAGUGAGAACUCAACGUGGAAAUAUUGUAGAAGAUCCCCUCAGUUCACAGUUCAAACCCAUUUCCUUUAUGCACUGUCUGAUGCACAGUGGCGCACAGAAGCCCGAGAUGGCCAUUCCACCGCGUGUAUCUGCUGACGGAAAAACUUUGGGAAUGGUUGGUGGUGGUUCUGUUGCCCUUUCCCCAGCGAGAGAGCCUGCUGCAAACUCAGCUGUCGGGAUGGGCUCCGCUGGCGUAUCUGAAAAACACCUUGAACUUCUUUCUCCCGCUUUGCCGACCACGUUCCUUCCAUCCACAAUCCAGCCUGCUAGCCCUGCUUUACAACCCGCAAUACACAGAAUGAAAAUCUGUUCGUCGCAGGCCUCAUCGGAAGGUUGCAUCGUGAGCGGACUGCAGCAGCCAGCAGGGAAUUUAAGCAUUGGAUCACCAAACACUGCCUUUCUCCCAGUCCACAACCCAGGUAACUUUUCCGGAUCUGCAGUUUCUGUUACAGAUCCCGUGUCAAAAUCUGCAUCCCAUGUUGUGGGCCUAAAUCAAGUGGUCCCUCAUGUUGAGGGAAACUCUGGAGCGAUCCCUCAGCCUUCCAGCCUAAAAGUGGUAGUUCCCGCAGCUGGUAUCUCGACAGGACUUCCACCAGCUCCUUUUACUGUACCAGUGACUCUUCAUACUACCAGUGUGCUGCCCAAUCAGAGUACGACUGUGCUGAACACUGUUGCCUCGACACCAUCUCCGUCACCUGGCCUGUGUGUCAGUCAGGUCCAGCCUACUGUUCCUCCUGCGGUACCGACUCACACGCCAGGACCUGCCCCUAGCCCGAGCCCUGCUCUAACACACAGCACCGCACAGAGUGACAACACCUCGUAUAUCAGUGCUGCUGGAAAUACUAGUGCUAAUGGGACUUUGCUAUCUCCACAGCAGUUGGGGUCUGGGCCCUGUGGGUCCUGCGGUCGCAGAUGUAGCUGUGGGACCAACGGAAACCUUCAAGUUAACAGUUACUUUUAUCAUAACCCGCUUCACGGACACGUCUACCGAGUUCCACCUUUCUUCCCUCUGCCAUCGCUUUGCAAUGGUAGCUACCUCAACCAAGCACAUCAGACUAACGGAACUCAAAUCCCUUUCUACUUGCCUCGGGCCCCGUACGCAAACGGGCUGAUGCAUGACCCUGUCAUGGGGAGCCAGACCAACUAUGGCAUGCAGCAGCAGAUGGCAGGAUAUGGGAGGUUCUAUCCUGUGUACCCAGCUCCAAAUGUAGUUGCCAAUGCUAAUGGAUCAGGGCCCAAGAAGAAUGGGAAUGUGUCCUGUUAUAAUUGUGGUGUUAGUGGGCACUAUGCACAGGACUGUAAGCAGUCAUCCAUGGAGGCCGGUCAACAAGGUAGGCUAUACAACUUCAGAAGCCUCCUAUGGAUAGUAGAAUAGCCUUUUGGGAGAGUAUGUUCACUUUGCUUCUUUGUAGCUUUUUAUACUUUUAUUCUAAGUGAAAGCGGUGACUCAGUAAGUUCUUUUUCCUGUUCUAGGCACUUACAGAUUGAGAUAUGCACCUCCCCCACCCCCUUCUAAUGAUACGUUGGAUUCUGCUGACUGAAACCAAGUAAACAUUGCCUACAUACCAAAAUGAAGGUUGGGAAAUCUGGGGGAUUCUUUGGAUUUGAGAGAUUCCGUGUGUGUGCUUUCAAAAAAUAUUCUGUUGCAUUUUUUUUCCCCCAUUGCUCAUGAACUUUUGUUUUCAUGUGGAAGAAGAAAGCAGUAUUGCCCGUGGUCUGACUUGCAAAAAAGCAUGUUGCCAUCUCAGCCAAUCAAUCCAGUGAGCAUUUGAAUGAAUAGACUUUUGCACUGAAGACAAAACACAUGCAAUGUUUACUGCAUUUUUUUUUAAAGAAAGUCAUUCGACCUCUGACUACACUGGUUGAACAGCCAUAUGUUUGAAAAGAGAAACUGGGUCAUGCUCCCUAAAGUCAUCUUUCCGUUCCCCUCCUCCUUCUCCUGCUGAUACGUGUCCUUUCCCUCCCUUGGCUGGGUCUUCAUGUCUCCAUGGGACUGGGUAGGAUACUCAGCGGUUUAAAUAGAGCCUGCCCAUAACUCUAGUAAACUGAGUUCCUCUGUCUGUAAACUGAUGGGGGGCCACUGAUUUCUCAUUAAACUGAAAACUCUUCAACAGUGUGUAUGCAUUAUCUGACAAAUAUAUAGCUCUUAUGUGCCUAAAUGAAAAUACAUAGGAUGGGGAAGGCUUAAAACAGUAUGAACUUCAAAACCGAUUUCCGAAAUAGAAAUAAGUUGGACAAUUUUGCUUCUGUUGUAGUUCUGUGUUUGUUUAUUUUUUAAGCCUGUUGAUUCUAAGUCAAAAUGGGACGGGGAGCCUGGUCUGAAUGCCUUCGCUUGUGUGUCCACAUUUGUGAUGAAAGUUGGCAGUGAGAACCUUUGUACUUUAGUUUGUCAGUACAAAAGAAACAUGACUUGAUUUUAACUUUUCCCCUUUAGGCUGUUACAGUGUCGUAUUUCGAAUGUAAAAUGUUAUUUUCUUUUUUCCCAAUCUGGACAGAAACCUGUGUGUAUUUUACAGCACCAAAUUGGGUAUUUCUAGAACCAGAACCAGUCUACCAAAUAGCAAUGUCACUUUCUUAUGACAACUUACCACUGUGUGAUCACAGUAUAAUGUGAAAGACUCCAAUGAGUGUGAAGAUUGAUCAUGUCCGUGUCAUGUCACAAGGUGUAAUGCUGCUGUAUUUUAUUUCUAAAAGCCAAUAUAUCCUAAAUUGCUUCCAGGUAAUAUUUUUGAUUUCUUAAAUGCACUGAAUUUAUCUGGAAGAAGACUUCUGACUGUUGAAAUGAACACUGAAUUACCACAAUUUGUGUACCCAUAGGUAUUCGCAUUCCUCACGAUUCAUAGCAGAAAUAUAGAUUUUACUUAUUUGGAAAAAAAAUUAGAUGCACAUGCGGCAGAACAAAGUCCAUUUUAGGAUCAGUCAGCUAACUGCUAAAGGAGAAAAACUUGAAAAUUUGAUUUACAACAUUUCUUCAUAGAUAGCAUUUAUAUUUAUAGCACCAAUAUAUUUUGAGAUUGGGGAGUUAAAGGGUAGAUGAGAGCUUUUAAUUUAAAGAAAAUUAGCAUAGAAAUUCUUUUUUGUUAAAAUAUUUUAUUUGCUCUGGGUAUCUUGGACCAUAUUAAAAUGAAAUAACUGCUUCUGAGUUUAGUGAGGGUGCGAAAGCACCAGUGGACUCGCAUUCUGAAUUAUCUGCCAGUUUAGGGGCUUAUUUUAUGAUUUAAGAUACUGUACUGUAAAUAGGAGGUACGUUGCCUUCUCUUUAUUUGUAUGUUUACCAUAUACUUUGAUAUUUGAAAUGUGAUGUACUGGAAAGGUCACUUAUAUUUCUAGAACAGAUUGGAUUUUAUGCGGCAUUUUUCCUUGAAUUAACAGCAAUAAAAAAGAAGGGGGAAAAGCA